AAAACAAACAAACGCACGAGCAGUUUAAGGUCAUGCCAACAACUCCCCCUUCCCAAAACGGUUAAACCUAACCUCCUUCUUCCCCCUUCAUAAACCCCCUCAACCGUUUCAAUAACAACAAAACUCAAAUGCCAGAAACACUUGUUAACAGCGGUCGCAACAGCGGCGGUAGCGGGUGCAAGAUCAAGGGUUCGUGGAGCCCGAACGAAGACGCUACACUCAUCAAAAUGGUGGAACAACAUGGGCCCAGAAACUGGUCCCUCAUUAGCUCGUGUAUACCGGGCCGGUCCGGGAAGUCUUGUCGUCUACGUUGGUGUAACCAGCUCAGCCCGGACGUUGAACACCGCCCGUUUACUCGUGAAGAGGAUGAUGUCAUUGUUCGGGCUCAUGCUAUCCAUGGUAACAAGUGGUCUACUAUUUCUAGACUCCUUCAUGGGCGUACGGAUAACGCGAUUAAAAACCAUUGGAAUUCCACUCUUCGGCGACGGGGAGUUGCGAAGAAUGGUUCGCCUGGAUUAAACGGGUCAAAUGGGUCAAACGGGCCAAACGGGUCAAACGGGCCAAACGGGUCAAAUGGGACAAACAACAGUGUUAUGAAACGCCCGUUUGUUGAUGGGACGAGCGAGUCGACUCAGUCGGACCCGGGGCUGAAAAGGAAGUGUUUAGAAACCUCGGUUGAGCCCAAACCGGUUAGUUGUGACGGGCCAGCGACGGUGCUUACGCUUUUUCCACCCGGGGAGAUGAAGGCGGUUGGAGAAGUAACGGAAAAGAAUGAGGGGGGUGAUGACGUGGAGGAUAAAUCGACGGUGGAGAUUGAAAAUACGUAUUUGGUGACGAUCAUGAAGCGUAUGAUAGCGGAAGAAGUUAGGAUUUACUUUAAUGAAAUGAGGGGCAAAGAAGAGGUUGGGCUUGCAUCUGGGCCUGGGUUACAGGCUUGGGCCCAAAAGAGUGAGCAAGUCCAAAGUUUAGCCCGAGAAGAUUAGCAGCAAUGUAUUUUGAUUUUAUUUCGAA